UAGGACCUGUUGGCUCCUGUAGUGGAGGUCAGGGGAGUAGCUGUGGGACUCCAACUUUUUCAGAACAAUCAAUUUCCCUUAAGAGAGUGUGGGAGCAGGGCUGGAGUGGAUGGCACAGGACCUGGAUACUUGCAUUGUGUAACACUGAGCAGGACCGGGCAGUUGGGAUAAGCCUGUAUAGAGUUUGAGAGCUGGAAUACCAUCAACUUGGGUUUUUGACAUUUCCCUAUCUUGAGAGGAGAGCAUCUGUGAGCAGGACGAGUGCCCAUGAGGUCGUUGACGCUGGUCCUCCUCAUCCUGAUCAGCGUCCAGGCUGCACUCAUCAUGGGAGGCCACACCCAGGCGCAGGGGCCAGCCAAUCAGCAUAGAGCAGUGCAUCACUCACCCAGGACUCACGGCCAAUUCAAGCAGGACUCACACCAUGAUGACCCAAUCCCCAACGUGGACCCCAAACUCUUCAACAAGCGCCGUUACCGUUCACCUCGCGUGCUAUUCAGCGACGUGGUACCUACGGAAAAUGAUACGGGGAGCCCCAGGCGCCCACGUGUCCGGCGGAAGGCCAACGAUUUCUUGCAUCGUGGUGAGUACUCAGUGUGUGACAGCGAAGAGCACUGGGUUGGCAACCUGACCCAAGCCACAGACUUAGCGGGCAAUGAAGUCACGGUGCUGCCGCAUGUUCGCAUCAACAACGUUGUAAAGAAGCAGCUGUUCUACGAGACCACGUGCCGCGUGUCGAAGCCAGUCGGUGCCCCCAAGACAGGUCAAGGAGCCAGUGGCAUUAAAGCGGGAACCUCUAGCUGUCGUGGGAUCGACAACAAGCACUGGAACUCUUAUUGCACCAACACGCACACCUACGUGCGGGCGCUAACGACCUACAAAAACCAGAUCGCCUGGAGGUUCAUCCGAAUCAACGCUGCCUGUGUGUGCGUCCUUAGCCGCAACUCAUGGAGGCAUUGACUGACUUAUUGACUGGUUUCUUAGCCAAUCCACUGCAGCCUCCUGUCGUAAGCCCCUCCCACCCAUCAAUAAUAAUAACCGUACUGCCAAAGUCGGUAAUCUGAGACUCCGCCCCUUUUCUGAUCUCUUUAUGACAUUGCAACCCAGUCCCCUCCUACCCUACCUCACUCUGUAAAUUAUUGGUCGUUUAAGUUAUGAGGACUGCAUGACAUAUUUAUAUAGUUUAUACAGUCAGAAUAUAAAUUUAUAUAUAUAUAAAUAUAUAUGUGUGUGUGUGUGUUUGUGUGUGUGUGAGAGUGUAUAUACAGUAUACAUAAAGCAAGCUUUUGUUGUGUUGUUGAUCCUCUUAUUUAUUAAACCCCUCACUUCAGUAUGUCAAUGCAAGACUGCAUCUGUUGUA